AUGCCUUCUGCUAACAUCAAACCGUGGAUUCCCCCUUUGCCUUCAAGAAAGACUGACUUUGACUGGGCUCCGCUCGAGACGCUUGAUCUGUCCUUAAUCACAGGAGAUGACAUGGAUCAAGUUCCUGAGUCUGUUGUGGAACAGGUAGGUAAUGCCUUUUGCACAACGGGCUUCAUGUAUGCCGUAAACCAUGGCCUCUCUUACGACCAAGUUCUGCGUCAGUUCUCUAUCGCGCAACACGGAUUUGAUGAAAUCAACGACUCUGAAAAGAAUCGCUGCGUCGCUGAUAUGCUCCAUGCUGGUAGCUUUGUUGGGUACAAGCCUAUGGGCCAUUGGAAAAUCAACGGCGUGAAAGAUCGUAUCGAACAGCUUAACUUCGGGUCGCAGAAUUUCAAGGCUGAAGACCGCAAGCGCUAUCCUGCCCAGAUUCAGCCCUAUGUGGACGAGGUGCGCGAGUUCGCUCGUUUCAACCACGAUGUAAUCUUACGCAAGGUCCUUUCUGUACUGUCUCUAGUGCUCAAGCUUCCAGUACACACUCUGUGGGAAUUGUCGAAAGAUCAGGAAUCUAAGGGGCUAGACCUGCUACGUUUUGCUCUUUAUCGCCCACCUCCGCCAGAGGAUGACGAAGCGGUAGAUGGAGUUCGUUUGCAGGGUCACACCGACUUUAAUACUGUGUCGAUUCUCUGGUCACAGCCCAUUACGUCACUGGAAGUCUUGAUGCCUGAUAAUAUUUGGCGCAAAGUUCGUCAUGAGGCGAAUGCCGUGGUGUUAAAUCUUGGUGACGCUAUGCAUUUCAUCUCUGGUGGUUUUUUUAAACCAACCAUUCACCGUGUAGUGGCACCGCCUGAAGAUCAGAAACACUAUAACCGUCUUGGUGUGUUCUAUUUUGCUCUCUUCAAUGAGAAUGUUGUCCUUGAACCCUUGAUGGAGUCAGACAUUGUCAAGAAAGCGUCUCAAGAACAUGACUUUUGGUCUGAGCGUCAUUCACGCGGUUUACCUGCUGUCACGGCGGGCGAAUGGGAGCGCAUGCGUGUACGUGCCUAUGGACAAGGUGGUCAGAAGAAAGGAAGCGAUGGUCACGAUCACGAGCAGAUCGCAGGCGUCAAUGUAACGCUAUACAAUUCGAUUCAGAACGUGCCAAAGGUGGCUCGCAAGAUUGAUGGUGUCAACGAACAUGCACCCGCCCGCGUGAUUCACGCUACUUCGUAG